GGGGCUGUCAGAGUGUGUCAACUUGAGCUCUGGCUGUGCAGGCACCGCUGCUGCGUGAGCCUGUUAUUCCAUUCUGGAUUGCUAUUUUGAUACCCAGAUUGCAUCAUUCUUCCUACGUAUAAACAGGGGGUCCCCAGGGCCCUGCAGCUACUCACUUCUCCACCAACACUGUUGUUGUGAUGAGCUCUAUUUAAAUGAGCUGCCGGAUCGGGGCAGGUUCCAGCCACACAUGAGCACUGUCAUUUUGGGGAACAUGGAGGGCUGAAGGAUUUUUGGAUCGAGUCCUAAAAGGCUGAGAGUGAUGGCCUCCCGAGCUGUGCAGAGGGCGACAGAGCUAGUUCCUGAAAGUUGAAAAUCUCGUUUUCUUCCUUCUGAGCUUCUAUUCCAAGGCACCCAGAGGAUUAGGAAGGAGAUGCAGCUAGGAAGAGAGUCGCCUCUUUGAGGUCUCCCUCUUGCUGUUCAGUUUGGGAAAAUUGCUGCAGAGGCUUCGAGAUAAACAGGAACAGGAGGAGUCAACCAAGCUCUCUCUUGCAGGAGCAUCUCAGAGCUCAUCUCCUGUCCUGGAUGUAAGCGAGUGUAUCUUACCAGGGAUGUAACUGAACAUUUUUUUCUACAGUGCUUUCCUACUGGGCACCCCAAAAUGGCCAGGAAUUGCUCUGAGUGCAAGGAGAAGAGGGCAGCACACAUCCUCUGUACCUACUGCAAUCGCUGGCUGUGCAGCUCCUGCACAGAGGAACACCGGCAUGGCCCUGCCCCUGGGGGCUCGAUCUUUCCCAGGGCCCAGAAGGGAUCUUCAGGAGUGAAUGGUGAUUCUGGGGACUUUGCUUUGUACUGUCCUCUACACACACAUGAAGUGCUCAAGCUAUUCUGCGAGACCUGUGAUGUGCUCACAUGCCAUAGCUGCCUGAUGGUGGAACACAAAGAACAUAGAUGCAGACAUGUUGAAGAAGUUCUACAAAACCAGAGGAUGCUUCUGGAAAGUGUGACUGCACAGGUGGCACAUAAGAAAUCCAGUCUACAGACAUCUGCAAAGCAAAUUGAGGACAGGAUUUUUGAAGUGAAGCAUCAGCACAGGAAGGUGGAAAACCAGAUCAAAAUGGCCAAGAUGGUCCUGAUGAAUGAGCUAAACAAACAGGCCAAUGGACUCAUAGAGGAGUUGGAGGGCAUUACUAAUGAGAGAAAGCGGAAGCUGGAACAGCAAUUACAGAGCAUUGUGGUUCUCAACCGUCAGUUUGAGCAUGUGCAGAAUUUCAUCAAUUGGGCUGUCUGCAGCAAAACCAGCGUUCCUUUCCUUUUCAGCAAAGAGCUGAUUGUGUUUCAGAUGCAGCGAUUGCUUGAGACAAAUUGUAAUACAGAUCCUGGUUCCCCUUGGAGUAUCAGAUUCACCUGGGAGCCUAACUUCUGGACCAAGCAGCUGGCUUCCCUUGGCUGCAUAACUACUGAAGGUGGACAGCUCUCCCGGACAGAUACUCCUGCUUAUGGAGGUUUGCAGGGGCCAUCUUCCUUUUAUCAAAGCCACCAACCCCCAGUGGCUCAGCAAGAGGCUCUCAGCCACUCUUCACACAAGUUCCAGCCUCCGGCUUUGUGUUCUUCAUCUGUGUGCUGCUCCCACUGCUCCCCCAUCUCACCCUCCCUCAAAGGCCAGAUCCCUCCACCCAGCAUACACACAACCCAGAGUUUUAGACAGCCCUCUGAGAUGAUACCCCAACAGUUGGGGUCACUGCAGUGCUCUACCCUGCUGACCAGGGAGAAGGAGCUGGCCUGUAGCAGUCAUCCCCCAAAACUGCUACAGCCAUGGCUGGAAACCCAGCCCCCUGUAGAACAGGAAAGCACAACCCAGCGGCCUGGGCAGCAGCAGCUGACUUCCCAGCCCGUGUGCAUAGUCCCACCACAGGACAUUCAGCAAGGAACCCAUGCUCAGUCCACCUUACAGACUCCCUCCAUUCAAGUCCAGUUUGGCCACCACCAGAAGCUGAAGCUUAGCCACUUUCAGCAGCAGCCACAGCAGCAGCUGCCACCUCCUCCACCUCCACCACCUCCACCCCUGCAGCAGCCACCCUUACCUCUACCUCCAUCCCAGCAUCUGGCUUCGGGUCAACAUGAGAAUCCUCCUGGGCCUGCCUGUUCCCAGAAUGUGGACAUAAUGCACCAUAAGUUUGAGCUGGAGGAGAUGCAGAAGGACUUGGAGCUGCUCCUCCAGGCUCAGCAGCCCAGCCUGCAGCUGAGUCAGACCAAAUCUCCUCAGCAUCUACAACAAACCAUUGUGGGGCAGAUCAACUACAUUGUGAGGCAGCCAGCACCUGUCCAGUCCCAGAGCCAGGAGGACACCCUGCAGGUUACAGAUGAGCCUCCAGCAUCUGAGGGCCCAAAGCCAGCUCUCCCUCUUGAGAAGAAUGUUGCUGCUUCCUUGCCUCAGACAUCUGGGGAGGAAACUUCUCAUAGUGUCCCCUCUAUGGACAACACCAACCAGCACUCCUCUCCAAAUGUGGUGAGAAAGAACUCCACCUCGGUGAGCAUCAUGGGCUUUUCCAACACUUUGGAGAUGGAGUUGUCAUCUACCAAGCUGGCAAGGACCCUAGAACCACAGGUUCAGAGUGUGAGAAGCCUGACACCUGGCCCUCCUCAGGCGAUACCCAGUCUGCUGAGUGGCCCCCCACAAGCUGUGUCCAGCCUGACGAGUGUUCAAAAUCAUACCAUGCCCAGCCCGACAGCCAGUCAUCUACAGGUCAUACCAAGCCUUGUGCAUGGCACAUUCCAGUCCAUGCCCAACAUGAUGAAUGAGACCUCCCCAGCCAUCAUAAGUCUAGCAAGUGACCAUUCUCAGGCCAGGCCCAGCCUACUGUCUGCUCACACCCAAGCUGUGCCAAGUCUAGUGACUUGUCCUUUGAAGAGCAUGCCCCUGGUUUCUGACAUGCAGCUGGAAACUGGAUCCACUUCCAGUCCUGAUCCUGGCCGAGCCGUAGAGAGCCUAUGCCCCAAGGAUGGAGUUGACCCCUCCCUGAGAAAUGCCCUAUGUAAGAUGGAAAGUGAGGAUUCCUCUCACUUUACUGACUCAGUGGGACAAGGCCCCAUGGCCCCUGGGCUGGAUGUGCCCAAAGACUUGGCUAUUACCUCAGAAUUAGAGGAGCCAAUUAAUCUCUCUGUGAAAAGACCUCCCCUGGCACCGGUGAUCAACACAUCUAAAGCUCUACAGCAGUACGGGAACCCACAAGAAUAUCAGAAUUUUGAACAAAGACCCUUAGAGCUGGAUAAAAAAGAGAAUCAGAGCAUCAGAGCUUUCAACACUGAGCCCAAGAUUCCCUAUGUGCGACUGGAGCGACUCAAGAUCUGUGCUGCUUCCUCGGGAGAGAUGCCUGUAUUCAAGCUGAAGCCUCAGAAAAAUGAUCAGGAUGGGAGCUUCUUGCUGGUUAUUGAAUGUGGCACUGAGUCCUCCAGCAUGUCCAUUAAGGUUAGCCAGGACAGCCUGCCUGAUGCCAUCCAGGCCCCAGGUCUGGGGGGAAGAAAGGUCACUGUCACUUCCCUGGCUGGGCAGCAGCCACCAGAGGUGGAAAGUACAAAUCCUGAAGAACACAGACUCAUUUCUCGAAUUCCUGGAGCCAAGAAGGGUCCCCCAGUCCCGAUAGAGAAUGAGGACUUCUGUGCUGUGUGUCUCAAUGGUGGAGAGUUGCUGUGCUGUGACCGCUGCCCCAAAGUGUUUCACCUUUCCUGCCAUGUGCCAGCCUUGCUCAGCUUCCCAGGGGGAGAGUGGGUGUGUACCUUGUGUUGCAGCUUGACGCAGCCCGAGAUGGAAUAUGACUGUGAGAAUGCUCGCUAUAGCCAGCUUGGAGUGCGGGUACUUCCUGGCCUGAGCACAUGCGACCAGAAGAAAUGUGAGAAGCUGGUAUUGUCCUUGUGCUGCAAUAGCCUCAGUCUGCCCUUCCAUGAACCUGUCAGCCCCUUGGCGCGACAUUAUUAUCAGAUUAUCAAGAGGCCCAUGGACCUGUCAAUCAUCCGGAGGAAGCUUCAAAAGAAGGACCCAGCUCAUUAUACCACCCCAGAGGAGGUGGUAUCAGACGUGCGCCUCAUGUUCUGGAACUGUGCUAAAUUUAAUUAUCCUGACUCAGAGGUUGCAGAGGCUGGCCGCUGCCUGGAAGUAUUCUUUGAGGGAUGGUUGAAGGAGAUCUACCCAGAGAAACAGUUUGCCCAGCCAAGGCAGCAAGACUCAGACUCCGAGGAGGUGUCUAGUGAGAGUGGAUGUUCUACCCCUCAGGGCUUCCCGUGGCCCCCCUGUGUUCAGGAAGGCAUCCAACCCAAGAGGCGGCGGAGACAUAUGGAGAAUGAAAAAGCAAAGAGAAUGUCGUUCCGCCUGGCCAACAGCAUCUCACAGGUGUGAGAGCUGGAAGAGACCGAGCACUCUGGUGGCUGGUGUCCUGUCCUUUUGACUAUUCCUCCCCAUCCUUCAGCUUACUCUUCAGAAUGUGGAUGUGAGAUGAGUCUUGUUGAGCUGUGUAGUGCUCUUCCUUGUCAUUUGCAUUUACAGCAUUUAUUUGGGAGCCAUAGCACAUCCACUACAGAGAAGAUUCAGUAAUAAAGAGGAAAGAGGGAGAGGUGUUCCUUGUUUCUGGAGUAAUCAGAUGUAUGGGUCACCUUGACAAGACCAUGCCUGGUCAGGCUCAGAAGGACCUAAAUUCCUUGGUGAUUCUCUCCACUGAGGAAAGCAGACCUUCCUCACCUUUCAGUGUCCAGGGCUCAGGAGCAGAGUAUAUUAUCUCCUCCUGGCUCAGAAAGUAGGUAAAAGAAGGGAAGAAGUUUGGACACAUGGCAGGUCUAUGAUCCCUGGCCCAGCAUAGCCAAAGAUUGUCACUGUUUACCAUUGCUUGUCCUGUCAGGACAGAGGCGCCUGUCAUAGGCAGAACAAGGAGGCAUCUAGAGGCCACAGAUCUCAAUUGGUGCCUAUGUAGGUUCUAACGGUUUUCAGGGUAUUUAUUUUUCAUACCCCUUUUCCUGAAGUUGACUUAGGUGGCUGCUGUGAAGAUGCUCUGGAUGGUAUGGCAUUCUUGCCUGAGCUGGGUGGCUGUGCAAAGAUAUCUUAGAUCUGGCUCAGAUUUCACUUGCAUCAAGAUGCCAACUUUGGAGUCUGCCCUUUGUGCUGCUUACUUUGUGCUAAUAGCACUUCCUUGGUGUCAGAACCUGACUUCCUAGAAGUGAUCAUCGUGCUUGUCAGUAGCUACUCCUUUGUCAUCUCCAUUCAGACAUCUGGGUCUUGAGUUCUGCAUCAGAAAGCUGUGAGGCAGCUGCUGUUUGCUUCAGAUACAGAGUUCCCUGGGCAAGGAGAAUGACCACACUCAGCUUACUCUGCCAGGGCUCUCUUCCUGUUCUCUCCUCCUGGCCUCUCCUAGUUCCCCACCUCUCCAUAUUCACAGAGCCAAAGAUCAGAAGUGAGUCUCCUAACUAGCUUGCCUCCAGACUGUCCAUAGCCCAGAAAAACACUCCACCAUAUCCUUUUAUGUUGAAAGUUGGAAAAGGCCAUGGGACCAUCAGGAGAUAGACCCAGGAAUUCCUGGAGGAAGUUCUGUCAAGGGUGGAGGAGAAGAAAUUUGAGAGGUGAGAAGCCAGGGUCCUUUGGUGACCCUAAAACAACUUCAGGACCUUAGUUCUCCUAGAAUGCUGAAGGAAGCAUUCUGGACACCAUGUGAACAGGAGCUCCAGGCUGUGUCUCAAAUGGAUCUUCAUGGUUCAUAUAGGGUGUUCAUGAGGAAGUUGCAUAAAACUGUGGAUCAGGCUUCCUCCCAAGUAGGAACUUGGUUGAUAUUGUUGGCCUGGCCCUGAGGCAGCUCUCUCUGGCCCUAUAAUUGUAUGGCUGCUUUCAGGGGAGGUUCAAGUUGUGGCUCUGUUUUUACUAACAGAUGCUGUUUAAGGAAAUUCUUGUUUGUAGGACUUUGAUAAUAAGCAUUUUUUUAAAAAAAUCAGAAACAUUUCUUCUCUCUUUGUGAAUUGAUGGUAUGUACUAGUCAUUUACUUCUCCACCCAGGCUGAGAUAUUGUUUUCACUUCACGGCACCUUUGCCCAUUGACUUGCCAUUCUUUCAGCAGAGUAUGCCAUUCCCUCCUAAGUAGGUGGGCUGCCAUAAUCCUGCUUCCUAGUUUGUGUCAACCAAGUCUUUAGUACACUAGUAGGCAGGCGAUCUUUGAAUUUAGGUCUUGAUUUUGGGGGCGACAUGGCUUUCUACUUUGGGCUCUGGCAAUUUCCCUCUCAAUUUUUGAAUCUUUUUCUCUAUUUAGCUGGCUUGGCAAGGUCCCUUCUAUAUUUGCCUUAGUAAUUCCUGUCCUUGUCCACCUUACCUUCGUGUGACCCACAUUCCCCACUGGUCCUGAGAGAACUUCAUGAUAUUUGGGCAUUGGAAAGCCAGUGAGAGAUGUGACAGGCUUAAACCUGAUUGAGAUCACUCCCCAGGAUCAGUUGGAGACCACAAACUUGAAGCAUAAAUGUUUGGUUAAAAACUCACUUUCCCUUCUAUCAAUAAAGCUCCCAGCUUGGAUGUGGCCUAUCAAGGAUCAGUUGCUAGGUCAGGAGAUCUUAGUAAUGUAGUGGAGAGUGUCAUAUUUCCUUCCAUAGAGACCCUGCAUGCUAAGAGGUUCCCAUUAGGUCCUGAGCAGGAAUGGGUGAGAAGUAGGGUGUUCUUUUUCGAAAUGGUGUGAGGCCCUGGUCCAUCAUACCUUCCCUACAGUGGUUACCCCUGGCAUUAUCCUAUCCCUGGAUUUUCCUUGCAGUACCAACUUUCUGAGUCAUAGUUUUGUCUUAUUUUUUAUUUUUAUUUUUUGUACCAGGGAUUGAACCCAGGGCGCUUAACCAUGAAGCCUCAUCCCCAGCAAUUUUUAAAAAUAUGUUUUAUUUAUAGAGACAGGGUCUCACUAAGUUGCUUUAGGGCCUUGUUAAGUUGCUGAGGCUGGCUUUGAAUUUGUGGUCCUCCUGCCUCAGUCUCCCGAGCUACUGGAAUUACAGAUGUGUGCCACUGCACCUGGCAGAACAUGACUUUAAAAAAAUUUUUUUUUUGUAUAUGGACUCAAUGUCUUUAUUUGUUUUUAUGUGGUGCUAGGAUCAAACCUAGUACCUCACAAUUGUGAAGCAAGUGCUCUACCACUGACAUACAACUCCAGCCCCAGAACAUGACUUUUUAUAAAUUAAAAAAAAAAAAUCCUACUCACCAAGAAACUGCCUUCAGAGGCUUUUUGCUAACAUGCUGAUCCUACAUUGACUUAUUCCCAUAAUGGCCCCAUUUUGAAUUCAGUCAAGCUCUUUGACCCUUGACAAAGCUGGGCAUUGCAAAUAUAGUUAGUUCUGGGUUCUCAUGGUACACCUUGGAAUCCUAGAAGAGAAAUUGGUUCUUGGCUUUGCCAAGAAGUGGAAUAGUAGACUGGUUUUAGUUUAUACAAAGGAGAUUUUAGUGCAAAAAUUGGUGCAAAAUGAAUUUGUAAAGCAUUCUUCUGUAGAACAUGGGUAGAUUGACCCAUUUUGAAUUCUUUAAAAAAAUUUUUUUUAGUUGUUGAUAGACCUUUUUUUUAUUCAUUUAUUUAUAUGUGGUGAUGGGAAUCGAACCCAGUGCCUCACACAUGCAAGGCAUGCAUUCUACCACUGAGCCACAACCCUAGCCCCCCUUUCUGAAUUCGAAAUUGUUGCCUACACACCCUGCCUGCCUCAGGUACCCCCUUGUGGAGGGCAGCCACCAGACCCUUCUUAGGCUCUGUUCCAUGUCAGCCCUGUCAUCAAUUAGAUGGAUUCUGGUUUCCUGUCUUUGCCUGGCUCCUAAGAUCGAGGCUCCUUUUGGGCUUUGCUCUACUCCCUCUCUCACUCCAUGAGUUUACCUAUUGAACUCCUAUAUAAGCCUUUGCUCCUUCUAGAUUAUGCUUCCUCUUCUCUUACUCCCCUGAUCUUGCUGCUGAAAUUUCCUGCUCCUUUAGUUGAUUUCAUGACCUCAGCUUUCUCUCUUCUCCCAGACUUUUAGCCUUCUCUGGGAUUUCUUCCUCUCUUCAGCCUGAAUCCAGGGCUCAUCAUACGCUGAUAUUUUUAUCAGCAUCCUAAAUUUUCUCAUCCCCUCCAACUUUUGCUGGACCUAUCAACCCUCCUCCAUUUUCUGCAUCAGGCUAUUUUCUUCUCCUUUUUCCUGGCUGCUAAAUGCGACACACUCAUAAUUGACAGGCCCAGUAUUUAUUGGAAAUUCAUUAACUUGUCAUUACUCUUCUUUCCUAUCCAUGCCCUUUGUGUUAGCUCUCAGCAAAAUGACUGACCUCAGUGUCUGCUUCACAGAAGUGAGAUCAAAGCAAGAACUUCCUUGUCCACUUUUCUCUCUCCCUUCUAUUGACCUCUGUUGGUACCUCUCCUCAUUUCCUUCCCUCUUCCUCCUAGUUUUCUAUUUAAAAAAUCCUAUUAUAUCCCUUCAAGGCUUUGCUCCCUCACUGCUGCUCCCACUUCCUGGGGUCUUCUGUCUCCCUCUCCUUUGGUUACCUCCAAGUACUCUGCAAGCAACCAAAGUUCUCACACGAUUAAUAAAAAUGUUUAGGAUUUGUUGUCCUUUGCACUCUUCCCUUAUUAGCUAAGCUUGUUUAAAAAAUACACACAGACAUACACACACACAUAAUUUUUUUAUUUGGUACUCCUAUAAGCUCAGCAACUUGGAAAGAUAAUUUUGUUUAAAAAUAUAUAUAUGAUAUAUGUAUGUGUAUGUGUGUCUGUGUGUGUAUAUAUAUAUAUAUUUAUUUUACUCCUUUAAUCCCAGCAAUUCAAGAUGAUUCAAGUUUAAGGCCAGACUUAGAAACUUCAUAAAACCCUGUCUCAAAAUAAAAAAACAAAAGAGGCUGGGGAUGUAUCUCAGUGGUAAGUACCCCUGGGUUCAAUCCCCAGUACAAAAAAAAAAAAAAAAAGCCAAGUCUUUUGUUGAUCCUUUUGUUUCUCUUUAGCCCGCUACAGUUUUUCAUAAAUGUCCCAGUGACCAUCUAGUUGCCAAAUCAAAUAAACACAUUUUAGUCCUCAACUGCCUUGAACUCUCCACAGCAUUUCACCCCAUCCACCACUCCUCUGUGAAACACCCCCUUCACUUGGCUUUUAUGAUACCCCUAGUCUAUAGAUUAUCCUUAUUCUUCCCAACCACACAGGCUGAGUCUUCCUUGAAAUCUAGGCAGGGAGAUAUAUUUAUGGCUGUCUGCAGUUUCUCCUCUUCAGGAGAUAGUUAGGCAGGAAGAAUCACAGCUGUCUGUUUUCUUUGAGUCUCUACCUUCUCCUGGACUCUGCUCUCAUCAUGCUAAGCAUGCUUCUGAGCUCCUGCCAGGAGGGCAACAUCUGUGAGUCUUUCCCUCUGUCUCUCCCAUUACAGCUCGGAAAUAGAUUUUAGCUGUGUUUGCUAAGAGGCCCCUUCUCAAUCAGCCUAAGAGUAUGGAUUGGAUUUUGCAACAUCCAAACUGGCUAAACUGUAUCACCAGGCUGGUGGGCAGUUGAUACCAAGGAGAAACUGCCACAGUCAAUACCAAGAUCAGUGAAAUAGGUUUCCAUGUGAGGUUCAGUUCUGUAACUAGGAGCAAAAUUCUGGCAGGUGUGGGUGUCUGCUGCUGGUAACAUUCUGAUGGAGAGAAAUGGGGAAGUACUGGAGUCCAUCACUUGCCUGAGCUUAGCUGGAGUCAGUGUGAUGCCCUCUAGCUAUAUCUUUCUUCCCUGUUGUUGACCAUCACCACCUGUUGCUCCAGAUAUUCCUGGAGCUAGAAGCAGAUUUUGAUUGCUUUCUUAGAGGUAAGGAAGUGAAGCAGAAAUCUGAUCUGAGCAUUGGAACAUCUCAAUUUUGGCUUUGCCAAUUAUAGACUGUGUGAUCUUAUCUAUAAAGUUGGGGUGGAAGUGACUCAGAACAGUGAUCUCAGUGACUAUUCAGGCCACACAGGGACAGAGGGACUCUGGGGUUGGGACAUAGCUAGGGGAGUCCUGACCAGGGCAGGGAAAAGGAUUCACAGGCCAAAUUGAGCUGCUUUGAGGAAAGUCCUCAUUAGUUGGUGCUGCUUCUUGAGCCAUAUGCCCAUUCCUUAAGCUGUACUCUUCUUGGGUAUCUAGGAUGAGUUCCUUCUAGGCCUUUGGUAGAAGUGGCCAUUGGAGCCAGAAUGGCUAGGGGCAUGAGGGAGAAAUAUUGUAAGGGGAAGUGUAACAUUUUAAAAGGACCUACACAUUCAAUAACAAAUAAAAAUAGCACUUUUCUUUACCAGCAA